AUGGCCUCAUCCGCACCGUCCUUUGAAGACCUUGUCAUAACAAUCGACGGACUAGUAGCAACAAUCCGAAUAAAUCGACCAAAAAGUUUGAACAGCUUCUUGCUAAACACGUACAAGGAAAUAGGAAAGGCAUUGCAUUGGAUUGAUACCCUGAAUGACGUGUCAAUUACAGUUAUAACAGGCACUGGAAAACUUUUUAGUUCCGGCAUUGACUUGAAAGAUGCUGGGUCCAGACCAUCACCACCAGAUCCAAAUGAUGCUAAAGAGGAGAGAUGGCGGGAUAUUUCUGCGAGGGGGAUUAAUACCGUUAUCGCAUUGGCUGAACAUUCGAAGGUUACGAUUGUUGCGUUGAACGGAGCUGUCGUUGGCUGUCACAAAUAUCGGUAUCUAAUAGUAUUAUUUUCACUCUUUAGGCCAGCUGGUUGGAUUGCAGGCGCAGACAUAAUAGUCGCAUCACAGUCCGCAUACGUUUACAUGCCAAUGAUCAAAUUCGGUCUCAUCCCCGAAGCAGCAUCCUCCUUCACAUGGGCCACACGUCUCCACGCUGGGUUUGCCGAAGAUUUACUAUACACUGCACGUAAAGCAACUGCUACUGAACUAAGUCCAAAAGCAAUUCAGCGUGUAUGGCCAGACAAAGAAUUUGAUGCCAAGUUGAAGGAAAUGAUUGAUGGCAUGAGAACUCAGAAUGUGAGGUCGAUGCUUGAGGCGAAGAGGCUGCUGAGGGGUGGAGAGUAUCGGUAUCGGGUGCAGAAUGCUGUGGUUAGUGAGACGCUUAUGCUGAUGAAUCGACCACCAUCAAAUUCUUCUUCGACUUUUGCAAACCAGAUUGCUGAGAUGGCUAAGAAGAAGCAGAUGGCAUCAAAGAUAUAA